UGCAAUCAUCAGCAGCGGCAUGGCGUUGCAGACGCCCAAAAAGCUGCUUCAGCUGAAGCUCCUGGUCCACCAGAAUUCCGGCCAAGUCCUCUACGCCGAGGCCGGCAAGGACUUCGUCGACUUCCUCUUCGGGUUGCUCGGCGUGCCUCUCGGCCACGCCGCCCGCCUGCUCACGGAGGACCACAUGGCCGGCUGCCUCCCCACGCUCUGCAAGAGCUUCCACGAGCUCGAGGACGGCUACUUCGUGCACCCCGCCGACGACCGCGACGCCGUCUUCGUCCCCGACGCCUCCUCGCCCGCCUUCGACAUCCUGCGCAGCAGCAGCCCCUCCCCGCCCCAGACCGCCAAGAUCUACUACCGCUGCUCCGGCGCGGACACCAGCCACUACUACUUCGACAACUACAACAGCUGCUACGGGAACUACGGCCACGUGACCGACGUCUACGGGACGCCAUGUCCGUCGUGCGAGAAGGAGAUGACGACCGAGAUGAGGUUCGUGCCGGGCAGGAGGGACGUGAAGGGCAAGCAGGUGGCGGCCAUGGAAGCUGCGGGUGGGGGUUACGUCAAGGGGGUGCUCACGUACAUGGUGAUGGACAACUUGGCCGUCAUGCCCAUGUCCACCAUCUCCGCCGUCACUCUCCUCAACAGGUUCCACGUUACGGACCUCAAGUCCCUGAGCGAGUGGAAGGUAGAGGUGGGGAAGAACGAGGGUUCGGAGCUGCUGAAGGCGUCGUUGCGGUCGAAGACUGUUCUCACGGAUGUGUUUGUGAGGAAAUGGAAGAGAGGGGUUUUGGUGGAGUGAAACAACAGAAGCUUGCAUGCAGCUCAAAGACUGUUCCCAACAAAAGCAUAUUUUUAGAUC